UAUAUACGUAGGUGCUACAAAAUUGAGACAUCACUUCAUAGGUUAUAUAACUAACAAUACAAAUUGAACUAAAAAAAAAUGUCAUCCUAUGCACUGAUAAUCAACUUGCCACAAAUAUUAUUGCCAUUAUAUCCUCUUUCCUUCCUUCUAUUAUUCAUACUCUUCUCAAUCUUCCUAUACAAAUGGCUUUCAUCACCUAAGUGCAACACAACACUGCACACACCACCACCCGGUCCACCAAAGCUCCCAAUCAUUGGCAACCUCCAUCAACUCGGCAAACUUCCGCAUCGGUCUCUACAAUCUCUUUCCUAUAAGUACGGUAACCUCAUGUUACUCUACUUUGGUAACCGCCCGACCCUCGUCGUCGCCUCCGCAAGUGCAGCUGAAGAGAUCAUCAAGUCGCGCGAAAUAUUUUUCCUCAAUCGGCCUAAACUACGACGGUUCAUUGACAGAAUCUUUUAUGAUGCCAAUGACGUAGGGUUUAGCAAGUAUAAUGAAAAAUGGAGGUAUAUGAAAAGUAUAUGUGUUACGCAACUUCUUUCAAACAAAAGAGUUCAAUCUUUUCAAUCAAUACGAGAGGAAGAGGUCAGUCGAAUGAUUGAAGAGAUCAAGAGUUAUGGUGGUUCGGUAUUAAACUUGAGUGAGAUUGUCAUGAAACUCGCGAAAGGGCUGAUAUGUAGGACGGCCUUAGGAAGAAAGUUCGACGAUGGCCGCGAUGGAAGUGGUAAGGAUAUCUAUAAGCUUUUCAAGGAGCUUACGGAAGUUAUGGGGGAAAUAAGUGUAGGAGAUUAUAUUCCAUUUUUAGGUUGGAUUGAUAGAUUGACUGGUUUGGAAGGUCGUGUAGAAUAUGUGAGGAAACAGUUUGAUGAGUUCAUUGAAGAAGUAGUUCAAGAGCAUGAGCUUCGAGUUUUACGGCAUGGAAAUAUUGGAUAUAAGAAGGAUGAUGAUGGACAGAAUGUUAAUAAUUUUAUCGAGGUUUUGCUUGAAAUUCAGAGAGAAAACCCUGCGCAAAUUUCAAGAGAGAGCAUCAAAGCUGUCAUACUGGACAUAUUUGGCGCGGGAACAGAUACAACAUCCACAAUGCUAGGAUGGGCUAUGACGGAGUUGAUAAGGCAUCCUAAGAUUAUGAAAAAAUUGCAAGGAGAGGUAAGGGACAUUCUCAAAACUAAUACAAGAGUAACUGAAGAUGAUUUAGAGAACAUGAAGUAUCUAAAGGCAGUAAUCAAGGAGAUACUUAGACUACAUCCUCCAGUUCCUUUAUCCGUAUUUCGAGAAUCAUCCCAAAAUGUCAAAAUAGAUAAAUAUGACAUUGUUGCAAAUACUCAAGUUAUGAUCAAUACAUGGGCAAUGCAAAGAGAUCCAACAUAUUGGCAAGAUCCAGAGAUUUUUCAUCCAGAACGAUUUUUGAACAACCCAUUAUGUGCAGAUUUUAAGGGCCAACAUUUUCAAUUUGUUCCAUUUGGAGGUGGGAGAAGAGGUUGCCCGGGAUUAUCAUUAGCUACUACCACGGUUGAAUUUGUGUUGGCAAGCUUUGUUUAUGAAUUUAACUGGAGUUUACCUAAUGGAAAAGAAGGGUAUACUUUAGACAUUGCGGAAAGUUGGGGUAUAUCUGUUCGGCGACAAAACCCUCUUAUGGUCGUCGCAAAUCCUUAUUCUGGCAAUUAAUACAAGAUCAAGUUCGACUAAGAGGAUAUGCAAAGCGACCAACCCUAAGAUCUCUUACUUUAUGAAACCAAAAUCAUAAAAGCAAGAUCAUGGUUUUUGUGAGGAAAACAUGAUUGAAUUACAUUAAUUCUACCUAUUUGGCAAAUAUGAAUAAAAGAAAUUAAUAAUAAUGAAUUUUCAAGCAAUUUUUGGUAAAGUCUCAUGUCAAUAUACCUAGUAAUGCGUGCUUACAUCCAAACACCUGUUUUA